AGCUCGGCGAUCUUUCGCGACUCAAAGAUCAACCGCUACAAGGAGAGCCGCCGACUGGAGGAGGCGCUGACCGGGCUGAAGGCGCUGCUCGCCGAGCAGAAGGAAGAUCCGUCGAAGAUCGACGAGGACGUCGAGCGGCGCUUCUACCUCACGCUGAUCCGCCUCUGGCUGGGACGGGUCGUCGAUGAGCUCGCCUCCAUCGAGCUGGAGAAGCCAAUGGCAAAGAUGCACCUUGCUUCGGUGGCGGCCGGUAGCUCUGCAGACGCUAGCGGCAGCUCGAACCCUGGCAAACCGCACUCGCACCACCGAAACCCCUUCGUCGCUCCCAAGCCCAAACCUAAGCCACCGAUCAUCAUCACCCGUGACGCCGCGCAGAAGGCCGUCUUUGGCAUUGGCUACCCCGCCUAUCCGACGAUGACCGUGGAGGAGUUCAUCAGCGGCAAGGAGGCGGACGGGUCGCUCGCCUUCCAGGACAGCCGCGUCUACGGGAACUCGCUGUACGACUGGGCCAACGACCCGGAGAAGAAAGUCGCCGAAGAGGUGAGCGAGGAGGAGCGAAAGGAGCGCCUCGAGGAGGCGGACGACCCGGUGGAGCUCGCCCGCCGCCGUCGCAUGGACGACUGGAAGGACGAGCACCGCAGGGGCGAGGGCAAUCGCCACAACAUGGGCUAG